AUGACGGACGAAGUCGAGCGGCUCGCGAUCGCGCCCUUUAGGGAGAUUGUAGAAAAAGGCAACACAGCGAUUGAGAAUGCGCCAAAUGCUGACGAGGAAACGUCACCGCUUAUGCUCAAGGCAGCACAAAACCUAGUUAGAGAAGGCGAACGGGCACUGAAGCGGAUCGAGCCGCUCUGCACUAAGAACCUUGAAGAGUAUGGCGUCAACUUUGUUGAUGCGAUCAAGGAGAACGACGAAAUCGCGCAGUUCCGAUCCGAGCUGGAGGACUUGUUGUGGGAUUUCGACGACUAUGUUGAGCCUGACGACUUCGAUCCCGCCAAGUUCGACGAGUUACAAAAGGCUUCUAGGAGAGCUGCGCCCAAGAUCGUGGAUAUCCUCAAACGAAUGAAACUGGUUGCUCCCGCACCGCCGUUACUACCAUCCCCCCCUCCAAGGAGUAGAGCACCGUCAGCAGCCCCUGACCACGUGGACAACCUGCAUUAUGGGCAAUUACCAACAGCAACAAGUAUUAUCGUCAACCCUCCAGUGGACAUAUCGACAGAAAAGCUGAUAGAAGAGACAGAGCUGCAAUUAAGCAGCAUGAUGGGAGCGGUGGCCGGCCCCGACGAAGGUUUGGAGGCAAACUUUCCUCCGCGAUCAGUGAGCGAUCUCGACCGAAGAAGUAACUCGCACCGCUCCGAAGUCUCCGAUGCCACCUCGGAACACCCGCCAAGACCGCCCUCGGCCGACCCGUGGCAGGUCGGAAUGGUCCCGCCUGUUAGUCCCGUAGAGCAUUCGGUCGAGGGAGAUCGAUGGGAACGUCGCCCCCCUGUCCCCAGCGACUCCCCAACUAUUCCUCCAGCGCAACCGGUUAGUCCCCUUGGUAGCAUCGCCGCGCCCCUACGCAUUCGUAGCAGAACCGACGACUCUCUCAACCUAACCCAAAGGGACGUCGAAGACGGCCGAAUGCGAGCGGCUUCGCAAAGCCAAGGGACGAUCAGCGAUGGAUCCCAGUCUCCCAGGAAGAGGAAUCGCUGGACUAACUCUACGCAGGGUUCAACAUACAGAUCCCAUAGCGGCUUCACAUCUGCAAAUCGGUCACCUUCUAACGAGGGGUCUGCUGCAUGGCCAGGACAACUGCGUGAUCCGUCCGCUAGUCGGUCACCGUCGGAUACAUCUUCCGUGCUUGGCCGUACCCCUUCUAUCCCCGAGAACAUUGCUAUUAACACGCAGGGCCCAAAAACUGCCCUGCCGCCUAUCCCCAGCUUCCCACCAAGACAGACUUCUUUGGCUAGGGCUCAGGAAAGAGCUCAGGAGAGGGCUCAAGAAAGAGGAAUUCGUCGUCCCCAUCGCCACCCGUCAACUGAGUCUAUUAACAGCUCGGUUUUCGACAUAGUAGAUUGUAUGAACCCCGGUGUUGCUACGACUAGUGCUAUCGCUUCUUCUACCGCGCAUCGAAACUCGGUCUUAUCAGUGGAACCUCUCAGCCCGGGACAGCAACCACCAGAGUACUCGGGACUCCCGCCUAUUUACCAACGCGCAGCGACGAACGGCAGCAUAUCUUCCGGGAUGGGGACAAUUACUAACCACUCUUCAUCUACCAUCCUAGCCCGUCGUCCCAGCACGCAAGUCCCAGGAACCGUAGAUUCGGGCCUGAUCCCGGUCGACGCGGAAAACCCGAUGCCGGAGGAGCAGCCCAUUCCCGCGCGGGAACCGGACUGCUCGAUAGGCCCGUAUAGCUCCUUCUACAAGCUUAAAGGGUUUUGCAAGGGCGCAGAGGAGGUCAUGGCCGGCCGUCUUGGCUUCAAGAAAAUCAAACGGCCCGUUGGUGGUUUCUCGAUGGCCGUUGUAGCAAAGUGCAACCACUGUCUAUUUGAGAUCGACUUCAAGUCGGUCGAGCAAGACCUGAAUAACGACUCUUCUGGCAGUUUCACUUCCAGUUAUAUCGGGUUUCGACUGCGUAUACUCCAAAAGAGCCAUUUGCAGAUUCGACAUGUCGAGGAGCAGCUGUACGGAUGUUUGUUCUGUAUUCAGGAGGGCAAGACUAUAGAAGAAAGCGAUGCUACGGUCUUCUUCAACCAGACCCAAUUAUUCACUCACUUAGCAAAGCAUCCUCGCCCGCUCCCCGUGAUCCCUGGAUUGACCGUUAUCGAAGGACCUGAAAUCCCGCCAGCAUUCAGGGAUAACUUCGACCUGCACCUACCGCAUCCGCCGACGCUCUCCGUCAUGGCUGGCCUCUCACGGGAGCUUUCCAGAUUACCCUCUGCCAUCGCGACGGAAACGAGGAAGAUACAGAACGGAGUCAUGCGAUCGCCGCCCGGUAGGGACCCGGUUCUUCACUUUGCCAUCGGGGCUAGGAUAGUCGGUAUCGAGUUCCCGGUCAAGUACGAAGGAAAAUGGGGCAUCGGCUGGCAUGACGGCGUCCGCGCCGCGUUCGAAGCCGAUUCCGUCCAGAUCGACGUGCCGCCGAAGGCCGAGAUCAAAAUGCAAGGCACGAGCAACGUGCAAGCCGUGGCGCGAUGGAAGUGGAACCAGAAAAACGACGAUAGGUGGCUGAAAUUCGACAAGGGGGACGUUAUUAAGAAUAUUGGCUGGGCUUACACCGAUCACUGGUGCUGGUCCGGCACGACAUCAAAGGGCUGGGGAAUAUUCCCGCAGUCCCACCUCGACCCGAGCUCGAUCAGGACGGUUCAUCCCGGAGAUAACGCCAGCAUCAACAGCUGGGAGAAGGAGAAGAAACCGCGAUUCCAGCUUUCCCUCCGAAAGAACACGGACCGCAAAUACGGUUCUAUCGGUUCGAUAACUCCCGCUAGCGAGACUCAGCCCGUCCCUAGCAGAGCGGGCGUGUACUAGUGCGAGCCUACCUACCUCCGUCGUCGCUCGAGUCAAUGAAUGAUCAGACUACUACUACUACCACUCCUAUUUACACGACUUCCCGACGCGGGACUUAUUACUUCUUUUCACACACUCUCUCUAUCUACAUACCUAUCUAUCUAUCUAGCAAAAUUUAUGCUAGUUCUUCUCUAGUGCGUACCUAUCUACCCUAAUACAAUAACAUCACACAA